UUUAUACCCGUAUUAAUGUUCAUUUCUUGCCUCCAUUUUUUUGUUCUUCUUUUAUUUUGUUUUGUUUUGUUUUUUUUGGUGCAGAAGUUGAAGACACAAGUUAUAAAAAAGACUGUGAACCCGGAAUGGGAUGAAGAGUUGACCUUUUCUGUUGAAGAUCCUUCUGUCCCAGUCAAGUUGGAAGUGUACGACAAGGAUAGAUUCAGUGCAGAUGAUCCGAUGGGCGAUGCGGAGUUCGACAUAAAACCAUUUUUUGAAGCUGUGAAGAUGGACUUAAAAGGUGAUCCUCCUCCUGAUGGCAGCGUCUUAAGGAAGCAGGCUUCUACGAGGGCAAAUUGCCUUGCUGGGGAGAGCAGUAUCUACUUGUUGAAUGGGAAGGUUGUUCAGGACAUUGUUCUCAGGCUGAGAAACGUUGAAUGUGGUGAAAUUGAGCUGCAGUUGCGGUGGGUUGAUCUUCCAAGCUCCAAAAGCUCAUAGGCUAAAUAGAGAUCUUUGAUUGCCAUUCCUUUUGUUA